AUGUGCUUGCAAGCCUGUGGCUCCCCAGGAGGAAAAAGAAAGCUGCUGAAUGUCCACUCGAGACCUGGGGCAAGGCCUGGGCUCUCCUUCACCCCUGAGCUGCUUAGCUGCAGGUGGGCUCCACUCCUCCCCACGGGUGUGAAGGGGGGCUCAGCCGCUGCCCCCUGCUACGGGUGUGAAGGGCCUGUUCCCCCACACCUCAUCCUCCCACCUGAGUGCAACGGGGCUGUUUCCCCACCAAGCGCCGGGGUCCCCUCACAACCCUUUCUCCUGCUUCAGGAGCUGACAGUCACAGAGGAGAAAGAGCCACCUCCGGACUGUCCCCUCGACAGCGAGCAGCUGGGCCGCAACACCUGGGCAUUCCUGCACACCAUGGCUGCGUACUACCCUGACCACCCCACCAGUGCCCAGCAGAAGGAGAUGAGGGAGUUCAUCAACCUUUUCUCCAAGUUUUACCCCUGCGAGCACUGUGCUGAGGAUCUCAGGGCAAGAUUGCGUACAAAUCAGCCUGAUACUAGCAACAGAAAUAACUUCUCCCAAUGGUUGUGUCUUCUUCAUAAUGAAGUGAACAGGAAACUGGGGAAAUCUGAAUUUGACUGCUCUCGUGUGGAUGAGCGCUGGCGAGAUGGUUGGAAAGAUGGUAGUUGUGAUUAAUUGGUAGAGACUGCUUGGGAAAUCAAAGAGACCAAUUCAAUCUUGUGUCAAGUCACUGCAGGGAGAUAUCCGAGUCAAUAACUGUGUGUGUGCUUGUGUGUGUGUCUGUUACGGCUUGUGGAAAUAAAGGUAAACCAAUUCUAAAAGUAAAUUUGAAAAUCUUAGCCUAAUAAUAUUUUGAUAAAUUAUUACAUACAUGUAUUACCUGAGGAAUUGAGGCCUUACAUUUGACACAGGGAUUGCCAGAAACCUAUGAAAUUGUCACAAACUCAUAGAGACCUCUUCAUUAUGACAUUUCCUUAUUUUAGGGGCAUUUACUUAUUUCUGUGACUAGAAUUCAUUUGCCCUGAACACAGUUGUAGAAGGCUGCCCUGUGGCAUUUUAUGUUUAUCUGCAGGCAUUAUCCUGAUGUUUUAGAAGAUGCAUCUGAUUAAUCGUAAUUCUCAUUUCUGUUUUUCUGAUAGUGAAAACUCAUGCUGUGUUCUGUGCCAAGUCUGUACCCCUGGAUCUCUAUUUCUGAGAUCUCCAAUGCUGCUUGUUAAACUUGCAUCCAGUUCCUUUGAUAAAAGGACUGAAGGCAGGUGCAUUUAAUUUAAAUACUAAAAUCACUGAGCCCAGAUUUUUCAUUUUAUUUUUGUGUUUCAACUAACCAUGUAGAAAGAGAAACUAAAGCGGGACAGAAAAAGAACCUCAUGUGAUGAGUGGAAUGAAGUGUCAACUGGAUGAAAUUCAAAAGUUUUAAAUUGAUUGCUAAUUUUCUUUGGAUCCAGAAGUGGUAUGAUGAUAAGUUCUCCUGAACCUGCUUCUUAAAGCAGAUAACCUCUUCAUCUCUGCAGUGAACUUUUGUCUGUCCUGAAAAUAGCUUGAGACAUAUCUGUAAUGAAGCAUAUUCAGCUUUAUUUAGCAUACAGGAUUUCUGAGAUAUCACUUGUGUUUUUAAAUUCUUGGUUGGUACUUCCUGACCGGGUUGAUAUUCUGUUGUUGUCCGCUAGCUAAAAAUCUCUCUAGAAUAAAAGGACUUUACAAGCUCCCUGCAAUAUUUAGGUCCGCUUAAGACUGCUCUGUCAGCUUUAUGUAGUAUUUAUUGUGCAGGGGACUCAGCUCUGAGUCCCUAGGGUAGACUUCCUCUGCAGGAACUGCUCAGAAUCCAUGCUAUCUGUAUUUCCUAGUCAGUUCCUAUAUCAGUGUAUUGAAACAUAAGUGUGAAUUUUCAGAUUCAAGUGAAAUAGCAGCAUGAAUUAUUUCCACCACAGUGCAUGUCUCUCUAAAAAGGGACAGCUUACCAAAAAAAAAAAAAGUCAAAAUAAUUUCAAGUUCUUAAAGUAGAUAGCGAUAUCAUGCCCUUAAUGAAUUUCUGGCUGUGAAAAGUUUGCAGGAGUUUGCACAAACUAUGACAAUAGUAGGCUUUUUGCUUCUGUACUUCCUGCUGAGGUUUUCUUGCUUGUGUUAGCAAGCUUCCUCGUUUCAAGCACUACAGUAUGUUUGUAAAUUUACUCUUGCUGAUUGAGUGUUACCUGGAAAUGUUAAUGGUACUUUACAAUAGUAUGAGAGUGAUGACAUCUUGUAUCUAAGAACUUUGCUCUUCAAACCUGUGUGCGUGGGGCUCUUUGGUGUUCAGAAAAGCAAUAAGAACUUUGGAAAUACAUUUUAAUGUUUUAUGGUGUAUUCAAAUUCUUUCAAGUUGGACCUGUUAAAACAGUAUGAAACAGAUUUUAUGGACUGGUUAUUAAGUUUUUUAUAUAAUAACGUUUCUAAACACAAACCCAACAGAACUGAUGAUAAGGUACCUUAUGAAGUGUGCAAUCUGAUUUACGACUUGAAGGUAUCAUUCCGGUUAUU